AUGCAGACCAUUAAAACGAUCGCGAGAAAUAGUCGAAAGUCGCGCUCGCGUAUGAAGCCCCGUCCGCGCCAAUUACGGCGGCCAUCUGAUAGCGCUAACGAGCCGAUGCCUAUCGCUCGCCUGCGCCCGCGCGCAUUCAAAUCGCGGCGCUCCCCCGCCCUUAAGGGGACGCCUUUGGGUCCACUUUGGUCGCUCCCGGCCCCAUCGCGGUGUGAAUUACGCGGGCGAGGUCGUUACCGUUUCGACGGACGCGAGCAUUGUGCGCGAGGUGGAAUAUUUCACGCAGAUCGCGAGAUAGCGAGAUCGGCCUAG